UCCCCUCCCUCUUCCCGCGGGGAUGUUUCACUAGUUUGUUUUAAUUCCCGGGACCCAAGAUGGAGGCUGCGCUGGGGCCUGGCGGGCUCCUGCUGCUCCUCCUCGUCCUGGGGCGGCUCGGCCCCGCCGCCCCGCAGCCCACCGCCCCCCCGCAGUUCCUGAGCCAGGAGAACAUCAGAGUUAAUGUUACUAUGUUGGAAACCAGUGAAGAAUCUCAAGAAGCACAGGUUGUCUUUAAUAUCACCUACAACAGUGGACAGAUAUAUGUAAAUGACUUUCCUAUGAAGAGAGGUGUUACCCGAAUUAAGUGUCAAACUUUAAUAUUGGAAACUGGAAACUCUGAUAACCUAUUGGAUCAAAGGCAUUGGGGAAUUGUCAGUGUUCGCAUCAUGUUUCGUGAGUGGCCCUUGGCAUCCAGAUCAAAUUUGCAGUUGAUUGUCAUUCAGGAAGAGGUGACCGAAAUCGAUGGGAGAGAGGUUCAGCAAGAGGAGGUUACUGAAAUAAACAUAUUAAUUAAGGGCCUGAGAGUACUUAGACAUUCAAACCAUACUGUUCCUCUGAAGGAAAGCAUGCUGUAUUCCAUCCCCAGGGACAAUGACAUGUUAUUUACACUUCCCAAUCUCUCAGGAAAAGCAGAUGUUCAAGGCCCACUGCAACCAACCAGUCACUACCUCCUCAGGCAAGUAGAAACUACAGUAGAUGAAGAGACAUUACCUGGCAAGUUACCGGAGACUCCUCUCAGGACAGAGCCUCCAUCAUCUUAUAAGGUCAUGUGCCAGUGGGUGGAAUACUUGAGAAAAGAGCUGUGCGGGUUCUGGCUUAAAUCUUUUCCUGUGUUCUUUAAGCUGAUAGAAGUCAUUGGGACUGGAGUUGUAGGAGCAGCUCUAGUUUUAGGAAUCUUAAAAGUGCUUUUCCCUUCCUGCGAACACAAAGGAGUCCUUCACCUGGAGGAUAUCAACACUGCACCUGUGGUUGUGAUAAAGGUCUCUUCAGAUAUUCCAGAGAAGACAGACAAUUUAGUGGAGAAAUGAUGUACUCAAUACCAUGUUUGUGUCUGAAUCUUUGUACAAAUCUUCAGUGGACCUGAAAUUUGGCACUUGAACUUUAAUACCUUAUUUGUUUCCUAUUCUGAAAAUAGUAUGUCAACUGAUUUGUGUUUAAAGGGACAUUUCAAGGUUAAGGCCCAAAAUGAUCUCCCCUCUUUCCAUAGCCUCUCGCUCCUAAGGAACAACAGCUUCCCAUUAUGAGGGUUGUGACAGGUUUUAAAUACUCUCGCAGCAGCUAGGAUAGGAAAUUGGCCUUUGUAUUCAUAGAUAAGGCAGUUAGGUAAUGAAAUACAGAAUGUGAUAAUCUUCAAUCAUCUCAAGCAUGGGCUAAAGGAACAGAAGGAAGAGAUUACACAUGUGCCUGCAAGCCAAAACAAAGCUGGUCAACCUGGUUUUAGACCUAUUACCCUUGACUGUGCCUUGUAAAAACAACAAAUGUUCUUAUUAUUAAAAUAAGGAGUUACUAUAUAUGUAAAACAAGGUAUUAAGGCAAUUUUUGAUAUUUCAAGCACUUUAUUCGAUACAAUUUUCAGUAGGGAAGGGGCUUAAUAUGAAAUUGUGUAAGCCACUGAGAUUACUUGUUUACUAUGCUUGUGGUAUAUCCUGUGGUAUUGUGUAAAGUUUUUCAGAAACAAGAACACAAAUGUCUUACAAGACAUUAGUUUAC